GUUAAUGAUGAAACAAUAUGAAUACUUAUUUUUUGAUACAAUGAAGGCAUACUGAAUCAAUUAACGGCUGCCUUGAAAUACUGACUUGAUCAUGCCCGCUGAAUUCAGGUGUUAAACGAGUACCAAGUUUCACUGUACGGAUGGAGUGCACGUGACUGUCACGUGUUAAAUGAGUACUAAGAUUGACUGUAAGGAUAAAGUUCACUACAGAAGUUCCAGGAAGUAUAUGUCUGUCAGUCGAUGCCUGUUAACUAAUCCAGACAUUUGUAACAAACGCGUAGCAACAGUGGUGUUAUUAGCAUGUGUCGCCACUUUACUAACAUAUGGUAAACGACGGCCUAAACAUAUCUUCUUGGCCUAUACAGUUUUAUUUUUAGGUUUAGUUUUAUUGAACAACAUAUUCUAAGUGUCGGCGCGUUUUACACUGUUAAACGUGGAGGUACUGGCCACUGAGCCUUGUCUGGGGUUGUCGACAACGGGUCCACGACUUCAUGUUCACUAGUAACUGUCUGUACACUAAUACUUUCUUGAAGAACAAUACACGGAAGAAUAAACACUUUUGUUUUUUUCACAGCCAAUUAAUUCCUUUGUAGUAGUAAACGCCGUGCAUUGUUCAUUAGGCUAGUUAUUUCGCUCGUAACACAACGAUACGUGAGUUGGCUAACGGGUAAACUGGCUAUCGGUGUCCAAGUACGAAGUGCGUGUAGACAAAGCCUGUUUAAUGGGAUAAGUAAUCGUUCGCCUGACGUGAGUGUUCAAUUGCGCGGAUCGAUAUCACAAUCAAUAGAAAUGUUUUGAAAGCUUCAAUGCGAGGGUAUAGAUUCCAACCUUACGGCUUGAUCGGCGGGGUCUGUGGCGGUGAUUAGAGCUUAAGUUAGCGGCACAAACACGUCCACUCCCGUCCUUAGCAACCCAGUCGCGUCCCUCCAACUUCACCGCGUUCAAUCAAGUCCCCCUACAAUGGGGAGCGCGACAACCUCAAGUGUCCCCUCUAUCGCAAUAUCAACACACUCCAGAGAUUAGAAACCCGCACUGGAGCUUGGAGGAUUGCCGCUAAACACAGACACUUCCUUUACAAUGUUACGCUUUCUACAACGAACUUAGAGACGUACAAAUUGGGCAGAAAUGUCGGAUAUAUUGGAUUCCAUGAGCAGAAAGAUUUUGGCGGGUCAGUUUUCAGCAGACGAUUUUCCCGUCGUUCCCGCCAAAGUUGUCAAAGUGUAUCUCAGCUCCGCUGGCAGUGACACGCUAGCCGAGCGCAACAUGCUGCUGAGUGAAGCCUACCCUUGUCUGAGAGAGUUCUGCAAAAACAGAUACCAGCUCGAGUUUCAGGUUAUCGACCUGGGUUGGGGCCACCCACCCGAUGAGGUGCGACAUGAUGCGGACCUGCACGUGUUCCGCGGGAAGGAGAUUCACAGGUGUCUGGAGGAGGGUGUCGGGCCGAGCCUCGUGAUAUUUAUUUCUCAGAAGUAUGGCCAAUCCCCUCUUCCGGAUUCCAUUGUGUCAGAUGAAUUCGAGGCUAUGCGCGUGUCUCUACAGCAAAACCGGGGCCGAGACACGCGCAACGCUGGUCUACUUGACGACUGGUUCGUGCGAGACGAUAACAAUCUGCCGCCAGUCUACGUGCGGAAACACGUCACAGAGAUGAUACCAGACGUCUGCAGUGAAGACAAGAAGACGCGAAUACUCGCCGAGACCACGUGGGCAGAAACGGAGAGUGCACUCCGUUAUCUUCUCGAGAAAGGGGCAGAGUUAUCGUACUUGAAUGGAACUAUUGACAGUGACACGAGGCACAGAUUCAGCAUGUCAGAACAAGAGCGCGACGUCGAUAUCGGCCUGGCUGACUGCGACUCUCCCUCACUGAGAUGUGUCGUCAUCAACAGGAACAUCGUCGACCUCAACAACUACAUGGACGAUCCCCGCGCCACGCGCUUUACGGAAGUGACGUAUAACGAAAAGAGCGAGCAGCUGGAGGUGGACGAACGGAGCGCAACUCGCCUCCCCAAACUGACGCAGAGGCUCCGUGCGCUCCUCGCCAAUAAUGCGCUGUCUUAUGACGUACUCUGGAGGUAUGAUGACGUCAUCAGUCCCACACUGCACCGCACCUAUCUGGAGAGACUUCGCGACGACUUCUGUUCGUCUAUAUGUCGUCUCGUGGACGCUGAUGCGUCAGUCCGCCGCCUUGACAUGGCGGACAGUGUGGGGGAGGUUUACAAACAUUGGGUCAGGUGUAAACAGAUGGCGUCACACUUCUGUGCUCAGGACGAGCUUCUACGUCAAGCUCAGAAUUACCUGCAAGAACGCCACGACGCGCCGCUCAUAAUACACGGUCCUAUUGGUUCUGGGAAGACAACUCUGCUGUCUAAAGUUGCCCUAAUGACUCACAUGUUGUGGGGAGACGCGGCCCUCACGGUGGUCCGGUAUGUCGGCUUGACCCCUGACAGCUCUCACCUCCAGCUCUUCCUGAAGAGUGUGUGUCAUCAGGUGUACACGUGCUGGGACGGGCAACAGUCAUCAGCGCUCGCUCCUGAUGGGCAAAAUGCUCUAGGGUGCUUCCAUCAGCUGGUGAAGUCAUUUCCGGCUGACAGAUUGCUGGUUAUAUACGUAGACGAUGUUGAUGAUCUUGCCUCAGAGAGCUACGCACAACAGUUGGCGUGGCUACCGCCUCGUCUUCCGGAGAACGUGAAAAUCAUUCUAACAAUCAACUCGAGAAGUGUUGAUAUCCUGGAAAGACGUCAACAGAUUCCGGAGGUAUCUCCUACUUUGAACAUUGACUUAACGUCACUGACACCCGAUCAAUGUGAAGAGCUUUUUCUACAAAUUCUGUUUAAGUCUGGGAGAACUAUUAGCGACGAGCAAUUAGAUAAAUACCGAAAAACAUUCCCCAGCUGUCCCCUGCCAAUGUUCAUGAAGUUGUUGUCGUACGAGGCAAGACAUCUGAAGUCGUUCUCCAGCAUAGCCGAUGUACAACUCCCGUCUGACAGCUGGUCUGCGAUCCACCAGCUGUUUGACAAGCUGGAGGUCUUGCAUGGACAGGUCCUGGUGUCUCACGCGAUGCGUCUGCACCUGGCGUCCGGCGGAGGACUCAGCGACUGCGAGAUGGAGGACGUCCUGUCUCUUGACGAGGACCUCCUCGAUGACGUGUAUGCCAGCUACCACCCCGAGAUGAGGCGAAUCCCGCCGAGCGCCUGGCUCAGACUCAAAGAAGACCUGGCAGACUUCCUCGUCACUCACGACAUCGACGGCGUCACAGUGGUCACGUGGGCUAGCAGGAUGUUCCAGACUGUGGCCCAUGAACGGUACCACUGUUUUGAAGAGACCGUAAAAGAAGCACAUUCCAUUCUCGCUGACUAUUUCCUGGGGACGUGGGCAAACAAAGAGAAGCCUGUAAAGUCAUCAAGUGAUCAAAGUGAGAACACUAAGCUCCCGUGUGGUAAUAAAGCAGACAGGAAAGUGCCAUCCCAACCACUGACAUUCGAAAAUCAGAAUGGUUUGGUGUUUUACAAUAAACGGAAAUACGACCACGUACCUCGACAUCUGGUGCUCAGCGGCAGACUGACGGAGAUGAAUGAGGUGGUCCUCUUUAACUAUGAUUGGCUGUACACUAAAAUAAAAGCACUCUCGAUGCAGCACAUCUUGGACGACUUCAAACUAAACCCUGGGAAGGAGGCCAUGUUAGUUGAGAAGGCGCUGCGGGCGGCUGAAUCGAUUCUAAAGGUGAAUAUUGACAACCUGGCCCCCGAAUUGACAGGACAUCUCCUACCUUACUACUCAACACACUCGCACGUGCGCGAACUGCUCAGACAAUGCGAUAAGACCGGCCUGCAGCACUGCGCUCUGAUUCCCAACUUCCCCUACCAGAAGAUCCCCGGAGGACCGCUGCAGCACACCCUGGAACCUCCAGAACUUCCGGAUUGUUUUGUGUUGUCGUCAGUGAGCAAAUCACUCCUCACGAAGCAGGUGGACAGUUCGUUUAUCUACACAUAUGAUCUGGACACUGGGAAAAUCACCAGUACGGUGUUCGCCUCCAGUGGUGAGCUGCACAUGACACCAGAUGGCGUCUAUUUCGUGAUUGCUGACCAUGAGACUGAAAAGGCGAUCAAAGUUCAUCAUUCGCAAUCAGGCGAAUACAUUGGACAAAUAAUCAUUGAGAAUCACUUGCAUCUGAAACCCGGGGACAAAAGUAAGAACGGACCAAUGUGUCUGACCAACGAGAGACUAAUCGCCACCAUGUCCACCGAUGUAGGUUAUCUGUGCAUCGCGGAUAUUGCAACAUGUCAGAUGCUGCAGAUAAUUGAACUAGGAGGCAGAAUCUCUGUGUGUGCAAUCUCCCAAAACAAGCAAUAUUUGAUCUGCAACUCGGACUCAUUCCUCAUGUCAUAUGACCUAGAAUCGAUGCAGUCCCUGGCAACUCUUCGAGUUGGCGUGAAGCCAGAUGCAAUUGCUCUGACAAAAGAUGGUUUCCGAUGUUUCCUGUCAAACAAGAAAGAAGGUAAGCUGUACAACAUACACGUGGACAACGGCCACUUUGACCUCAUCUACAAGGUAAACAUGGAGGAGGAGCUGCUGAGCGAUCCGAUUGAAGACAUCAGACUGUCUCCCAAUGACGACCUCGUCCUUAUUCGAGCUAAUAACACCUUACUCGUCCACGAUCGGGCAAAGGAAAAUAUAUGUGCCCAGCUGAGAAGACCUGCAGAUGUUCCAAAAGAAUUUCGUCUGCCAAAGUGCCACUACAGCCCACUGGUGUUUACACAGGCAGAAUUCUCCCAAGACGGCCAGAUGGUCAUAGGAACUAUAUUCAGAACAAUUUGUGUGUGGAAUUCGUGGACAGGUGAACUGGUUACAUCCACUGAUGCUCCAGUUGGAAUUAUCACCAGUCUGGUGGUAUCCACAUAUCACGACACAGUCAUCACACACACGGACAAAUCGUCCGAGAUUCACAUUUGGAACAUAACUGGCGAAGUUCACAAAUUAAACACACUGGACAAGCUGUCAGGCCCCAUCAAGGACAUCCAGGUGGCAGGCGACAGCUCGAUGGCCUUCAUUAGGUGCGAUGACAGCGACGAGGUGGGCGUCAUUGACAUGCACCGAGGAGUCCUUCUCGACCUCCUCACCCAUGAGCAGAAACUCUUCGACAUGACGAGCACGCCGAGCGGCAAGUUUCUUCUCGUCAGUAUGUCUCCACACCUUAGCGAUACGGCCACCAAGAUGUGGGACAUCGCUGAGCGUAAGAUAAUACGGGAGUUCGGUAACGUGCCGGGAUACUGCGUCUCCAUGAACAGAAAGGAAGACUUCAUCUUCGUCGGUCAAAAGGAUCCGCUGUUCCAGUCGCCGUACUACGUGACACUGUUCCACUUCGUGGCAGACACGUUCCUGCAGACACAGCAUGACCAAGGCUUGAUGAACGUGACGCUCAAGCCCUGCUUCACCAUCGACGACAGGUUCCUCGUCGUGCUCAGCGUCAGCCAGGACCUCAAGUCGGGCGACUCGCGGGAACGUCCAACCAUCUGCGUGUUCGACAUUCAGCGCAAGAUAGUGCUGUCAUACUACACGGCUGAUAACCUCGGCCUCGGCGACAGACUGGUGAAUAUCGUCGCCAUAAAGCCGUGCCCCACGAUGGGUGACGCCGUCGCCGUUAUCUACUCCACAAUUCCUCCAGAGACAGUCACUGACAGCGACCAGUGGAGUGAAGGAGUGUCGCCCUCAGACACAAACACUAAAGUGCCUCAAGAGGCCACUGAUGAUAGCGGUCCGAUAACAAAUCCUCCAGACACAAACACUGACAGUGGUCAGUUCAGUGAAGGCGUGCCUCCCCCAGACAUAAACACUGACAGUGGUCAGUUCAGUGAAGGCGUGCCUCCCCCAGACACAAACACAACUCCAGAUCCAGACUACAGUCAGAGGUCAGAAACCGUGUCGCCUUCAGGCACAAACACUUACUACGGCGUCUUCAUCUUACGUCUGUUGCAUGGGAACAUAGAACGGAUAACCAAGCCUUUCCCAUGUUCUGAUCCUAAGUGGGUGGACAGCGCUGUGUUCUCCAAUGACUUCUCCUUCUGUCUGGACAACGAGUCCUACGUACGCGACCUCAACACCGGAGACUGCAUCACUCGCCUGCCCAACCCCGGCACGCCGCCCAGACUGCUGGCGCUCAACAACUCGAUGGUCGUCUACUUCAAGGAGACCCGUCUGGUCGUCAUACGCCUCGCCGACGCCGUCACCAUCGCGGAUUGCGACAUCCACGGCACGCCAUGCCACAUCGCGCUGUGCGCCGACCAAAGGACGACGAUCACGGGCUGCCAGGACGGCACCGUCGUCUCACACGUCAUCAUCAACCCCAGCGUGGACCACGUGAGCGCCAUCAUCAAGUCCCUGAAGAGCAGACAGCUGACGGGUGAGUGUGAGGAGGACGGCAGGGCGACGGCACGGUCCUGGGACAAGGUGGAUACCGUGAGCUGCCCCGAGUACUCACGACCCCCGUCAGUGAUCAAAGAGAGACCACGUGACGUGGUGCUGCUCAUUGAGAUCCAGUCCGUGCCGCGGCCUCGCUCUCAACUUGACUCCCUCGUGUACGUGAACCCCAAGUCGCAGGUCUGUUCCAUCAUGUAACAUGGCAACAGUGUCAUGGUAGAAACAAAACUAGAAACAAAACCCACACUUGUAUUUCAAGUCGCAGGUCUGUUCCAUCAUGUAACAGGGAAACAGUGGGGACAGAUAGCAAGCCUUACUCAAACUGUAUCAUGUUAGAAACAAAACUAGAAACAAAACCCACACUUGUAUUUCAAGUCUUGGGUCUGUUCUAUCAUGUAACUGUGGGGUUGCAAGUCUUACACAAACUGUAUUAUGUUAGAAACAAAACCCACACCUGUAUUUCAAGUCUUGGAUCUGUUCCAUUAUGUAACAGAACAAUAGAGAGGAUAGAUAGCAAUUCCUGUAGGUUGUUUUCUAUCAUGUUACAAGAAAACACGAUACCCCUUGUAUUUGUAAUUAGUAACUCACAUACAAGUUAAAACCCUAUCACGCCUUUUAGAAGUUAAAUUACUUCAGCAGGCCCUGUGAAGUACUAUAUUUAGUUUACCAAAUUUAGUUAUGUAAUAAAACGUUAUUGCAAAUUUAAAGCAGGCAUACCUUUAAAAAGGUAUAGGUUUAGGUGGUCAAACUGUAGAAUUGCAGGAUGCGAGUUGAAUAGUGGGCUAAAGGACGUCGAAAAUAUCAGGAAGGACUGAUCAUAUAGAAAAUAUUGGAAUAUAACUCAAAAUCGAUUAAAGCCAAAUAUUGUGUUAAUAAUUAUUUGUCCUAUGUGUGUUAUACAUGCAUAAUGUAAACCCGAAGCUGCAGCUUUGUUUUAGUGAAACCUGAUUAUGGUAAUUUAAAUUUAUGUAGUAUGUAUAUUAAUAUUUUGUGCCAAAUUAACAAGCAUAACAGUCUGUGAUAUAUAUUUUGCUUACAUUUAAAUUGAAAAGGAUGUUGUUUUGAAGACUAUUGUGGAAAGUAAUGUUACCCUUUGUGAGUCAGAGUGUUACUGGCAGGUAUUGCCACCGGAAACAGUUCGAAGUAUGGGUUCAUGUUACAAUCAUAACACUGUCGUGGCAGGUGUAGUUAUCUGGCGUAAUUAUCUGUCGUCGACAGUUAAACUGGAAAACCAAAUUACGAAUAUUAUUUUACAUUAAUAAGAUGUAACAAAAUCAUGCAUACAUUUGAAUACAUCGAUUUACUGCAAAACUCUAUUUAUUGUAAAAUCAUACACAUUCUAAAUACCAUUUGUUUGUGUAAAAUCAUACACAUUCUAAAUACCAUUUGUUUGUGUAAAUAUUGUUGUAGAAUUGUUAGUUAUUAGUUUAUUAUUUAUUGUUUCUACUUAUUAUUUUACUUAUUUUAUACACAUG